CCUGCACGCCUAAUGUACUCGUACAUCUACACGCACGUCGGACUUCAAAAUACAUGUACGGUACUGUACUUGCUGCGCUUUCAUGUACAUGUAGUUUUUCUUACAGACUUCGUUGCCACCCGAAGCUGACGCGUUGGUUCGAACAGUUGGAUUUUCUUCAGUGCAGAUUUUUGGAAGUCAUGUGGAAACUGUAACAAGAAGUCAAAACCAGAAAAAGAAGUUCCAGUCGGGAACCGCCGCAAUGUUCAAGAAGUUUGCCAAGAGAGUUAGUCAGGCUAACAGGCCAAACGAGGACCUUGUGGACUUUGGGGCCAACCUUGAGAAUGCAGAACCCGAGCUCUGCAUCCGGCUCCUCCGGCUGCCCACCCUCAACAACUAUACCGGCCUGAAGAAGCGCAUUGCCAACAGCGACAAGGAAUGGCUGCAGCGGUUCCUGGAGCUGGACGGCCUGGACGUGCUGCUGGAGUCAGUGGUACGGCUGUCCAGCCGGGGGAUGACCAUGGCCCAGGCCUACCUGCAGAUUGAGGUGGUGAACUGCAUCAAAGCAGUCAUGAACUCCAAGGCUGGGCUUGAGUACAUCUGUGAGAAUGAGGAGUAUACUCGCAAGCUGGCAGAGGCCCUUGACACAAACAACACACUAGUAAAGAAAGCUGUGUUUGAGCUCCUUUCUGCACUCUGCCUUUACAACGAGGUGGGAUACACACUUGCGAUUGAUGCCCUGGAAAACUACAAGGUUUCCAAGAAUCAACGCUAUCGUUUCAGUCUGAUUGUGAAUGAGCUGCGCAAGGCCGAGAUUGUUCCUUACAAGAUCUGCUUGCUGUCUUUCAUCAAUUGCAUUUUGAUGAGCACAGAAGACUUUGAGACAAGGGUUCGCCUGCGCAAUGAGUUUAUUGGCCUGCAACUGUUGGAUAUCCUCUCUAGUUUCAGACGGGACUUGUUAAGGCAAGAUGAGCAGGAGGAUGGUGACCUCAGCAUCCAGCUGGACGUCUUUGAUGAGAAGAAGAUGGAGGAUGAUGAGGAACUCUACUCGUGUUUCCCGGAUGAUGGUGUCGACCUCAACAGUCCUGUGGACAUCUUUGAUGCGAUCUUUAAAAAGGUGUCAAACUCUCCAAAUGCUGCCCCACUUCUGUCCCUCCUCCAAUCCAUUCUCCAGUUUGAGCCAGAUGACCCUGUCUCAGAUGUCCUCUUUGAAGUGUCUGACCGUCUGAUUGCUCAGCUCAUGGUGCUGGAUCAUCCGGAGGAUGUCAGGGAGAUCUUGAAAUGUGGACUGUCCGAAGUGGUGAAACUGGUGAAGAUGAGGGAGAUGUAUCAGACUGCUCGGCCGACCAAGGCAGAGAAAAAGGUUAAAUCAGUGGAUGCUGCCAUUCAGACAGAGGAGAUCACCAUGGUGAGACCAGGCCAGCAUGGGGGUGGUGGGGUGAAGGAAGCAGACGUCUUACAAAGAGACACAACAUCAGAUUCUCAGGCAGCACCCCCGGCUGCACCUCCACCCCCACCUGUGCCUGGUGUGGAUGGGACAAUUCCACAAACAGACAUUCCCCCAGCUCCAACACCACCCCCACCACCAGGCAUGGGUGGGGUGCCACCAGCACCUCCACUCCCAGGAAUGGGUGGGGUACCACCCCCUCCACCACCCCCAGGAAUGGGUGGGGUACCACCGCCACCACCACCCCCAGGAAUGGGUGGGGUACCACCGCCACCACCACUCCCGGGCAUGGGCGGGGUACCACCGCCACCACCACUCCCGGGCAUGGGCGGGGUACCGCCGCCACCACCACUCCCGGGCAUGGGCGGGGUACCGCCACCACCACCCCUCCCUGGCAUGGGCGGGGCCCCACCGCCACCUCCCCUCCCAGGCAUGGGCGGGGCUCCACCACCACCACCCCCAUUACCAGGCAUGGGGGGUCCCCCACCUGCUCCACCCCUUCCCGGCAUGAGAGGCCCACCACCUCCACCCCCUCUAGGAGGCGUUAUCAGACCAGCAGUGGCCCCUGUUCAGUACGGAGCUCCACCUCCACCAGUUGCCCCAAAACCAUCAAAGAAGCUGAAGAUUCUAAAUUGGUCCAAGAUCCCACCGAACAAAGUAAUGACACCACCUUCAUCAAAUACCAAGAAGAACAUCUGGCGCAGUAUCAGCGAGAAUCCACAGCAGCAGACCGUCAUGUCCCCCGAGUACCAGGCCCUGGAGGAUCUGUUCAGUCAGAAGGAAGCCAAGAAACCUGGACAAGAUGAGCAGAAAGUGAAAAAGAAAGAACCCACGGAGAUCAACCUCUUGGAUGGUAAGAGAAGCUUGAAUGUCAACAUAUUCCUGAAGCAGUUCCGACUGCCCAAUGAGAAGAUUAUAGGGCUGAUUGAAGGGGGAGAUGCAGAAGCAUUUGGAGGAUCUGAGAGGCUGAAGGGACUCAUCAGGGUCCUCCCUGAAAAGGAUGAGAUUGAUAUGAUAAAGGGUUUUGAUGGUGACCAGGAAAAGCUAGGGUCUGCAGAAAAGUUCUUUCUCUUGCUCUCCAGUGUUUCAAAUUAUAAGCUCCGCAUUGAUGGUAUGUUGAUGAAGGAAGAGUUCACUGCCAAUAUGGCAUACCUGAAGCCGUCACUAGCCACUCUACAAAAAGCCUGCAAUGAUAUCCUGGAUAGCAAGACCCUGGAGGAAUUCCUGACAUUAAUUUUAUUGACUGGAAACUUCAUGAACUCUGGAGGUUUUGCCGGGAAUGCCAUGGCCUUCAAGGUGUCGUCCCUGAUGAAGUUGAUUGACACCAAAGCCAACAAGCCGCGCAUGAACCUGAUGCACUACAUUGUGGAGAUGGCCGAGCAGAAGGACAAGAACAUGCUGUCCUUUCCUGAUGAAAUGAAAAGCCUCAACGAAGCCUCAAGAUUGUCAGUGGAUUAUCUGGCGGGUGAGAUUAACAUGUUAGGAAGAAGUCUGGAGAAAUUGCAAAAUCAACUUGAAAAUGCAGCUAAAGAAGUCCGUGAACAACUCCAGAACUUUAUCAAGGAAGCCCUAAGCCAAUUAGAUGACUUGAAAGAAGAGCUGAAGACCAUCAAUAAACUGACUGAGGAGCUGGCUAUCUACUUUGUGGAGGACGCCAGUAAAUUUAAACUGGAUGAGUUCUUCCAGAUCUUUAAGACUUUCGCUGAGCGCAUCAAAACCUGCCAAGAGGACAAUGAAAAGCGACGUAUCCAGGAAAAGAAGGCCGAGGAGAGACGUAAACAGAAGGAGGAAAUGGAGAAGAAGAAAGCUGCAGGGAAUGGCCAGGGGAAGAAGGUGGGAGUACCGCCGCCAGUUGAGGAGGAUGGAUGUAUUGUAGACAACCUCCUCAAAGACAUCAGGAAGGGAUUCAAACUCAAGAAGACUCGUCUGUCAAGCACAGAUGUCAACGAGCCCGCAAGUCCUGGUGGAAGUAGCUUGAAACGAUCCAGACUGUCCUCCCGCAGGGCCCGUCCAUCAAUGCGAGGUUCGGCGUCGGAGAGUAGACCACCACCCCCACCUAUGGUCCAGGAAGAACCUAGGCCAGAAGAUGUGAAUCUUUCCAGAGGCAGUGGGAAUGACCUCAACAGCAUCCCUCAUAAGACCCAGAGCAUCUCCAGCUCGGGAAGCGAGGAUGUCUUCAACAAAGACAGCAACUCAAGUUCAGAAGAGUUGACACGAAAGUUCUCCAUUGAGAAGCAAGUAGAGGAGAUGAACAGAUUGAACAAUGGCAGAGCCAAGACUGUUUUAAACGGUGAUGUGACUGAGAACGAGGAUGUGAGAGCUAUCGCUGUCAAGAAUGUUGAAAUCAAGGAUAUUUCAAAAGCUUCAAAAAUAGAAGAAAGUACUCGGGAAGAAGUGACAGAAGAGCCACUCCACCAGGAAGUGAAAGCUGUGGAAGAACCUGUUUCACAUGCACAGGAAAUGAAGGAACAACCUCAGGCAGAAGCAAAGAUUCAAUCUAAAAUUAUCAAAGGAACUGUUAAGGCCAAGGAAGUCUGUCCUGAGGAAGUACAAAUUACUAUGCAAGAAAACCUUUCUAUGCAAAAAGUAAAUUCUGCACUGCCAGAACCGGCUGUGGAGAGUAAAACUCCACAGUCCUCUCAGUUUGAAAUCCCUGGAAAGGGUGUCCAUGCAGAAGAGAAGUCUGUCCAGAAACCAGUGAAAGGCACGGAGCUGCGCCAUAUCAGUGCACCUGUCUAUCCAAUGGAAGAACAACUGAAAGAACCUCAGCUCAUGGCAGAUCUGGCCCCACUCAGUGAGGAUAAAAAAGAGCGGCCAAAAAGCGGACUCUUCCGGCUGUCUCCAUGGCAAGCCACCAUGACCUCUGCUCCAAGAUACAAGAAAACUGAGAGUCUCCAGGAGGACUUUGCUCAGGCUGUCCCCAUGGAAGUCGCAACUGCAGAGAGCUUCAUGCCAGUACAGGAAUCAGUGACAGUGACGCCUCCAGCCAUGCGGGCAAAAGUCCAGACCAAACCAAAAGUCAAAACAAGUCCCAAGCGUACCAAUGCGAAGUUGCUCUCCACGUCCAGAAGCCCUAGCUCCCCAACAAAGAAAGUAACUGCCGAUGAGAAUGUGUGGGAAGUCAUGCAAUCCCCAACUGAAGCUCACAAAACUGAUCCCCCUUCUGCAACUUGUUCCGAUGACAAUAACGAGGAGUUACCAAAGGCCUUGCCACUGCCAACACUAGCACAAUCAAAUGAACCUGAGAAUAAUGGAAACGAAGAAGCCUUCACACACAUUCAGGCGGACGAGGCUUCUCCCGUCAGUGAUCUAAAAGAAAGCCCAGCAGAGACAGUUGAACCAUCACUCCCAGCUAAGGGUAAAACACCUUUUUCAGGUUCCUCAUCAAAAGUUCCAGGAAGGAGUUAUCCUCGACCAGUUCCAUCACGAGGACUUAUCAAUCAGCCAGCACAGAUAGGCACAAGUCAUGAAGCAUGUAGCACCCAUGCAGCAGGCUUUAACAUGCCCGACACGUCGGGCAGUGAUGCCUCUAACAAACAUGCUGCUAGCAAGCGAGGCACGACAAAGGUGAAAAAGAGCAAGAGCUUUCUGAGAUGGCGCAAACCCAAGGAGCAACAACGCAGCGGCAGUGAGGGGAUGGAGGCACUGGACUUGGCCAAAACCAAGAAGAAAGAAUGGCAACAGAAACCACCCCAAGCAGAGAACAUUCCGCACAGUACCAGAGCCCCGUACAUGCCAAAGAAUGAUGAAGAAAGAACCAGCUCACCAUCGUCUGAGCAAGGUAGCUCCACAGGCAUUACAAAAGAAAAAAAUCAUAAGAUACGGUUUUGGAAAAAGAAAAAGAAGAAAGAAACAAAGUAAGUCUUUUCUGAUUAAUCACUGCUUUUAAGUCACCAUUAUUUUUAUCUUAGUCUUUUUAUACUUAUAUCAGUGUUUUUUAAAGUUGGAAUUAAUAAGAAGAUAAUGUAGUCUUGCAUUUUUUUAUAGAGAAAACAUUUGGAAAUAAUAUUUUUGUUUGCUAUUUCUUUCAUUUAUAUGGACAUUUUUAUUUCAUAGCGCAAAAGUACUUGUAGAGAUUACCCUUUGAUUU